AUGGCCUUCCGUGCUCUCCGCCUCGCAGCCGCCGCCCGGCCGGCAGCUGCACGAUUCUACUCUCAGUCUGCCACCGUGCCCACAGCGAGCGCCUCGUCUGUCACAGCUGCCCAAAUCCAGCGCGACGCCGCCCUGCCAAAUCCGGACCCGGCAGACGACUCAGCCAGCGCGGCCCUUGUCCGCGAGCAUGCCCCCUUCAUGGUCGCCACCUACGCCCGCCCGCCGCCCGUUUUUGUCAAGGGCGAGGGCUCCUACCUAUGGGAUAUUGAGAAUCGGAAGUACCUCGACUUCACCGCCGGCAUCGCCGUCAACUCGCUCGGUCACUGCGAUCCUCAGGUGUCCAAGUUGAUCGCGCAGCAGGCCAAAACGCUCAUUCACGCCUCCAACCUCUACUACAACCCCUGGACAGGCGCGCUCUCCAAGCUCCUCAUCGAAAAAACGCUCGCCUCUGGGGGCAUGCACGACGCCACCUCCGUCUUCGUCUGCAACUCCGGCAGCGAAGCCAACGAAGCAGGCAUCAAGUUCGCCCGCAAAGUCGGCAAGGUCCUCAACCCGUCCGGAUCCAAGCACGAGAUCGUCUCGUUCCACAACGCCUUCCACGGCCGCACCAUGGGCUCGCUCAGCGCGACCCCCAACCCCAAAUACCAAGCCCCCUUCUCCCCCAUGGUCCCCGGUUUCCGCGUAGGCGACCUCAACGACAUCGCCGCCCUCCCGCAGCUCGUCACCGAAUCGACCUGCUCCGUCAUCGUCGAGCCCAUCCAGGGCGAGGGCGGCGUGCAGGUGGCGAGGGACGAGUUCCUGUUGGCGUUGGCAAAACGAUGCAGGGAGGUCGGCGCCGUCCUGCACUUUGACGAAAUCCAAUGUGGUCUGUCUCGCACAGGCGCGCUCUGGGCGCAUUCGCACCUGCCCAGGGAGGCGCAUCCGGAUAUUGUCACGACGGCGAAGGCGCUCGGCAAUGGGUUUCCAAUUGGGGCUACCAUUGUUAAUGCUCAGGUAGCCGAGAAAAUUAAGGUGGGCGAUCAUGGGACGACGUUUGGCGGGAACCCGCUGGCGUGCAGGGUUGCAGUGGAUAUUGUCGAGCGGCUGAGCCAGCCCGGGUUGUUGGCGGGUGUGAGGGCCAAGAGUGAGGUGUUCAAGGAAGGCUUUGAGAGGCUGGCGGAGAUGUUUCCGGGGCUGGUGCAGGAGCUGAGCGAGGACCCGGCGUCGAUUGUCAAGGCCGCGAGGGAGAGGGGGUUGUUGGUUAUUACGGCGGGCACAAACACCCUGAGGUUUGUGCCCAGCUUGCUGAUGACUGAGGAGGAGAUUAGGGAGGGGCUGGGGAUUUUGGAGGAGGCGAUCAGGGCUACAAGGCAGUAG